CGUAACGCGCACGGCGCAGAAGAUCGCGCGUUAACGUCAACCAUGAUGGCGUCGUUCGCGGCGGCGGCUCGCGCGGUUCCAACCCGCGCGUCGUCGCGCCCCGCGGCCCCGUCCGCGUCGCGCGCCGUCGUCGUCGCCGCGGGGGCUGGGACGCCGAUCAAGUUCGCGAAAAGCGGGGGGGAUCGCCGUCGCGAUCGCCGCGUCCUGCGCGCGCCCCCCGCGCGCGUCGCCUCCGAGGAGUGCACGCCGCCGUCCGUGGAGGACGCGAACCUGACCGUCGUCGUGGACGGCGCGAGCGAUCCCGCGAACACGGUCAUCAGCGUCCGCGCGACGAACCGCCCGGGAAUUUUACAACUGAUGAAGAUGACGCUCCAAGACCUCGGCCUGACCGUGGAGAGAACCGAGGUGGACAUGGACAGCGAUGGCGUCGUGUCGGACACGUUUUACGUCACCGGCGACGACGGCAUCAGGGUCGAGGAUCCGUACGAUCUCGCGAACAUCGAGCAGGUCGUGACGUUCGUGAUGAACGCGCAUUACCUGAAAUCGAGCGAGGUUUCGCGCCCCACGGACAAAACCGCCAACAUCGACAACCCUCGGAAGAAAGACAUGCUGUACUCGCUCAUGGACUCGUACAUCAAGAACGACGUGUUAGCCGUCCAGAAGAGCAUCGUGAACCACGUGGAGUACACCCUCGCGAGGUCGCGGUACCGCUUUGACGACUUCGAGGCGUACCAGGCGACGUCGCUGUCCGUGCGCGACCGCCUGAUCGAAUCUUGGAACGACACGCAGCAGUACUUCCGCGAGCAAGACCCGAAGCGCGUGUACUACCUCUCCAUGGAAUUCCUCAUGGGGCGGUCGCUGACGAACUCGCUGUGUAACCUCGAGCUCGACCAUCCGUUCAAAGAAGCGCUCACGCAGCUCGGGUACGACAUGGAGAACCUCGUGGGGAAGGAACGCGACGCCGCGCUCGGCAACGGCGGCUUGGGGCGACUCGCCGCGUGCUUUCUCGACUCGAUGGCGACGGAGAACCUCCCCGCGUGGGGGUACGGGAUCCGGUACCAGUACGGGAUGUUCCGACAAGAACUCCACGACGGGUUCCAGCACGAGAACCCGGACUACUGGCUCAACUUUGGGAACCCGUGGGAGAUCGAGCGGCCGAACAUCGCGUAUCCGAUUAAAUUUUACGGCAACGUCGAGCAAGGCGACGACGCGCAGGGACGGCAGACGUUCUUGUGGUCCCCGGGGGAGGAGAUCUCCGCGGUGGCGUACGACACCCCGAUCCCGGGCUGGAACACCCCGAACACGAUCAACAUGCGUCUGUGGAGCGCGAAGCCGAGCCGCGAGUUUGACUUGGAGAGUUUCAACACGGGCGAUUACGUCCAGGCGAUUCUCGCGAAGCAACGCGCGGAGACGAUCAGCGCGGUGCUCUACCCGGACGAUCGGACGUACCAGGGCAAGGAACUCCGUCUGAAGCAGCAGUACUUCAUGGUCAGCGCGACGCUUCAGGACAUCAUACGUCGGUACCUCGUCACGCACGGCGACGACUUCAACGAGUUUCCGGAGAAGGUGGCGCUUCAGCUCAACGACACGCACCCGACGAUCGGCGUGCCCGAGCUGAUGCGUCUGCUCAUGGACGACCACGGGUUGGGGUGGACGAAGUCGUGGGAGAUCACCACGAGGGUGUUCUCGUUCACGAACCACACGGUUCUUCCCGAGGCGUUGGAGAAGUGGCCGGUGGAGCUCGUGGAGACUGUGCUGCCGCGGCACAUGCAGAUCAUCUACGACAUCAACUGGCGGUUCACGCAGGAGCUGAGAGGGAUCUUCGGGGACGACACCGAACGGAUCUGGCGCAUGAGCGUGAUCGAGGAGGGCGAGAACAUCGAGAAGUCGGUCAGGAUGGCGAACCUCGCGCUGGUCGCGAGCCACACCGUGAACGGCGUCGCGGCGAUUCACUCCGAGCUCAUCAAGACGACCAUCUUCAAGGACUUUUACGAGAUCAUGCCGGAGAAGUUUCAAAACAAAACGAACGGCGUCACCCAGCGCCGGUGGCUCGCGUUCUGUAACCCCGAGCUCUCGGAGUUGAUCACGGAAACGCUCGGCACGGACGCGUGGAUCAAGGAGCUCGACUUGCUCCAGGGCUUGCGAGAGAAGGCGGACGACGCGGCGUUCCAAAAGAAGUGGGCGGGGAUCAAGCUUCGCAACAAAGAACGCCUCGCCGCGUUGAUCAAAGAAAAGACCGGGAUGGACGUCCCCACGGACGCGCUGUACGACGUCCAGGUCAAGCGCAUCCACGAGUACAAGCGCCAGCUCCUGAACGUCAUGAGCAUCAUUCACCGUUACAACGUGUUGCGGUCGAUGAGCUCGGAGGAACGCGCGAAGGAAGUCCCGCGCGUGUGCGUCAUCGGAGGCAAAGCCGCGCCAGGGUACGACAUGGCGAAGCGCAUCAUUAAGCUCGUCAGCGCGGUCGGGGACAAGGUGAACGGCGACAAAAACAUCGACGACAAGCUGAAGGUGGUGUUCAUCCCGGAUUAUAACGUCUCGAGCGCGGAGGUUAUCGUCCCGGGUGCGGAGCUCUCGCAGCACAUCUCCACCGCGGGGACGGAGGCGUCGGGGACGUCGAACAUGAAAUUCGCGAUGAACGGCUGCCUCAUCAUCGGCACUAUGGACGGCGCGAACGUCGAGAUCGCGGAGGAGAUUGGCACGGAGAACAUGUUCAUCUUCGGCGCGCGCGCGGACCAAGUCCCGAACCUGCGAAGGGAGCGGUGGAACUUUGACGCGCCCGGCGGUUUCUACGAGAUCGUCAACCAGAUUCGCGGCGGCGAGUUCGGGUGGGCGGACUUUUUCAACCCCGUCAUGGACGCGGUGUCGAGCGAGAACGACUACUACCUCCUCGCGAACGACUUCGAGGACUACCUGCGCGCGCAAAAGGAGGUGGACAUCGCGUACAAGGACACGGCGCGGUGGAACAAGAUGUCGAUCCUCAGCGUCGCCGGGUCGGGGAAGUUUUCGUCGGAUCGCACGAUUCGUCAGUACGCGGAGGAGAUUUGGGACGUGAAGCCGAUGCGACGGCCGAUGCCGACGGCGACGACGCCACCGAAGCCGUACGCGCCCCCGGGGAAGCUGUGAGCGCGAAGCGAGCGCGGGCGGGCGGCGGGUGAUGGAUGGUGAUACUUAUUUCGUCAAACUCGUGAGAGGUACGUACUUUCGGAAGUACGAAGGCGAGUGCGAACGACGGGGAUCGAGGGCGGGGUCUCGGGGGGGAAUUAUGUCGCGGGUUCAGAAGUCUUAUGAAUCGACAUAAAGUUGCAGUUUACCUAUCGUCGACGC